CUGAGGAAAAAUUAAACUUGAACUUUGUAUAUUUUUUAAAAAAAGCUGCUUCUUAAUUUCAAACCAGAAUUCGCUCUAUUUGUGUUUAUUUGUUGUACUCCUUAUUUUGUAGUACCUAGAGACUAAUAAAACACCGAUUUUAUCGAUAAAACGAGUUGAAUUUUCGUACUCGUAACACCCGAAACAGAACCAUUGUAACACCCGAAACAAAGAAAAAAAUUAUAAAAAAAUAGUAAAACGUUUUAUUUAACAGUGAUUGUAUGUUACAUGGAUUGUAAAUGUCAUACUUUAGAAGUCCUGUAAGUUUAACGUAUGAUUUCUUAAGAAAAUUCGCUAAAUUUCGAGUAAAUGCAGCAACAGUCAGAACAUAGAGGCAAAAUCUCGUAACGCCCGAAACGCACACUUUUCGACUCAUAUUUUCGUUAUCCUACAUUCUAAGCUGUACAAACUUUAUUAUUAAGAUAAAACAACUAAAAACGGACAGAUUAAGGCACUAACAUUAUUAAAAUACUAUUUCAAAAUACAUGAAAUUGUUGAAUAUGUGUGUACGAACGUAACACCCGAAACGAUGGAAUGACCCUGUUGUGUAAACCAGUUUUAGUAUCAUGAUGUUUCUUUCUUGAUGUUGAUGACUAUAAGAUGAGAUAAAAUCUAUUAAAUAGCUUAAUUUGUAAAUUGAAAUUAAGUAAAGCAGCCAGUUAUGCCGUUGAACAUGUGGUGUAUUUUUGGUACUCUUAUAGUGAUUGAUACUUCAAUUAUUGUGAAACAUAAUUAUCAUUAUGUUACAUGAUGCUAUAUUUUGAGUUAAGAUAAUGUUAAUAUUGAACUUUUCCAACUUAUCAAUUAAUUUCUGCUGCCAGUAGUGAUUUGGGUUGUAUCACUAAAAUUGAAAAUUAGUGUGGGUGAUUAAAAUUUAUCCAAUUAUUAUAAUUUAAAAAAAAGAUAUAGAAUGUGGUACAUUUAACUUAAAGAGUAUUCUUGUGUACCAGCCAUUAUUGUUGGUUAUUCUUCCCACAUGGUGAAAAUGAUUUUAAUCUUGAGGUUAUUUUAUUAGCUGUUUAAUAAAAAGGUUACUGGUUGUAGCAUGUUGUGUGUGCAUAUUUUUAGAUUUGACUUGAGUUUUAGAUAUGGUGACCUAUCUGUCUGCGGGUUGGCCCUGUGGUGAGCAAAUCAGUCAAGCACAAUACCUGAGUGAAGCUUAACACUGAGCAAGGGUACUCCACAUAAGUGAUUUGGAGUUGAACAGAAGGUAAUGCAAUACAAAAGGCAUCAGCUGUGAUAUUUGGUGAGUGAAAAUGCCAUACAAAAGGAAUCAGCUGUGAUAUUUGAGCCGAAAGUAGUCAGCGUGCAAAGGUGCGUGGAGUGCAGCGCGCCUAGCGGCGCCAGCUGCAGGUGCCCGCGCGUGGGCGGCGGUGGCGGCUCAAGCGCGGCGGGCCGCAGCGGCGCGACAGCCAGCUCGGUGCAGUGCGGCGUGGCGCGCGGCGCGGUCGGCAUGCGGCUGCUCCUGCCGCGUGUCCACCGGGUGCCACCAGCUGUGUGUAACAUGUUAUGACAAGCUAUGUGAGACAUGUCAUGACAAGCUGUGUGGGAUGUCUGUGUGACAUCAGGAAUUGUGAAGAUGUCGUGCCUUGUGUGGGAGACAUCAUGAAGUAUGGACAUGUGACAUUGUCAUGAAACUAUGUGGAUAUUGUCAUUCUGUGUGGGAUGUCUGUGUGACAUCAUGAACUAUGUUUGGCGCGGUUAGCGCUGAUGCUUCGCGCAGCAGCGCAGUCAGCGCGGGCGCUUCGGACAGCAGCGUGGUCGGUGCGGGCGCUCCAGGCAGCAUCGCGGUCAGCGCGAGCGCUUCGGGCAGCAGCGCGUUCAGCGCGAGCGCUUCGGGCAGCAGCGCGUUCAGCGCGCGCGAUUCGGGCAGCAUCGCGGUCAGCGCGAGCGCUUCGGGCAGCAGCGCGGUCAGCGCGAGCGCUUCGGGCAGCAGCGCGGUCAGCGCGCCCGCUUCGGGCAGCAGCAGCGCGGUCAGCGCGCGUGCAUCGGGCAGCAGCAGCGCGGUCAGCGCGCCCGCUUCGGGCAGCAGCAGCGCGGCCAGCGCCAGCAGCGGCAAGGGCUCGCGCUCGGCGCGUCGCGUCGCGCACCAGCGAGUGCGCGGGCAGGCGGUGCAGCCGGGCGGGUCGGCGCGUCACGAGCGGCGCCAGCGCGGCGAGCGCUGCGUGGUGCGCGGCGCGGUCGGCGCAGCAGGAGUCCAGCAGGUGCCGCGCGUGCAGCAAGAACGCGCGGGCGGAGCCGGUGCGCGCGUGGUGGAGCAGCAGGGCGCGCGUGUGGUGCGCGAAUGGUGGUGGAGAUGGCAGAGUGGACCUAGCAAGGUGCACAGCGGAUCCCAAUACGAGGCGUCAAGUGUGCCUUGGGUAGAGAAGACCUUCGAGGGCGAAGGAAUUGCAGGAAGGCCGAACUGUUAAUUAUGAAAAAUCUAAAACGUUAAAAUAGCGGUAUCGUUAUAGCCAAUGAGAUGCUGUCAUAGUGACAUUGACAAUACGUCAAUGUCACACGAGACUCAAACGUCAGAAUAGAGGGACGCGCGGAGACGACUCCGCGCGCUUUUGUGCUAAGUGAUGAUUUGUAUCUAAAUUAAGGCAAUAUAAUG